UUCGAACUCAAUUCUCUCAAGUUCCGCUCGGCUACCGUCGAAUCUCAACAACGCGUCGCUCCGGCGCGUGAUUACUUUCGCCGUCUCGUUAUUGAGGCGCAGCUUCAUUGUCCGCGAUCUGCAAGCCGCUGUACCGGAUCAAAGCAAAUAAAACGCAUCGGAAUCGGAGACUCAAUUUAUUACCACCGACGACUCGAACAGCGGCAGAGAAUUGAUUAUGGCGAGUCUAUUGCUGAAGAAGGUCCGCAACAUUUCCCAAUUCCAGAUGGCGAGGCAUUUAGUGACUGAUCCGAAGUAUGGGUUUUUAAAGGAAUUAGGCAUCACCGCCGUAAAUCCAGGACUUUAUGAUGGAAAAUGGGGUGGAUCUGGCGAGGUGAUAGAAUCUAUAUCACCGGUAACCGGCAAGGUCAUAGCAAAAGUUCGUCAAUCCACGCCGCAGGAAGCCAGCAAUGCUAUCACGGAAGCACGUAAAGCGUGGUCGCAAUGGGCAUCUAUUCCGGCACCAGCGAGAGGAGAGAUUGUGCGACAAAUAGGAGACGAACUCAGAAAAAACUUGAAACCGUUGGGAUGCUUAGUAUCGUUGGAAAUGGGAAAGAUAUUACCGGAAGGCAUAGGCGAAGUCCAGGAAUUCAUCGACAUAUGCGAUUACGCGGUCGGAUUGUCGCGUAUGUUACCUGGCAAUGUAUUCCCAUCAGAGAGGAAAGAUCACGCGCUGCUGGAGAAGUGGAAUCCCUUGGGUGUAGUCGGCGUGAUCUCGGCCUUUAAUUUCCCCAUAGCGGUGUACGGUUGGAACACCGCCAUUGCGAUGGUCUGCGGUAACGCUAUCGUCUGGAAAGGUGCCUCGACCACGCCUUUAGUAGCCAUUGCGACUACGAAGAUAAUCUCGGCUGUCUUGGAGCGUAAUGGUAUCCCAGGUUCUGUCGCAUCUUUGGUAUCGGGUGGACCGGACGUCGGGGAGACUUUGGUGAAUGAUAAACGGAUACCUCUAGUUUCAUUUACCGGAAGCACGAAUGUGGGGAGACAAGUGGCCGUUAAAGUUCAGCAACGAUUCGGGAGAUCCUUGCUGGAACUUGGUGGUAACAAUGCGUUAAUCGUUGCGGAAGAUGCCGACUUGGAGAUGGCAGUGAGAGCGGCAGUCUUCUCGUGUGUCGGAACAGCUGGACAAAGAUGUACCACAACCAGGCGAUUAAUAUUGCAUCAGAAGAUAAAACAGGAAUUUUUAGGAAAGUUAAAAACGGCAUAUAAGAGUAUCCUGGCGCGAAUCGGUGACCCAUUGGACGACGGCGUGCUGUACGGACCGAUGCACAAUCAAAAAGGGGUCGACGAGUAUCUGCAAGCAAUUAAAAAAGCUGUGGAGGCCGGCGGCACGAUAGAAUUCGGUGGUAAGCAAGUGAAGCGGCCUGGUUAUUACGUGGAGCCGACGAUAAUCUCGGGUCUACGAGCCGAUACCGAGGUAGUACAGCAGGAAACCUUCGCUCCGAUUGUCUACAUUCUGGAGGCUAAUUCUCUGGAGGAAGCCAUCAAUCUCAACAACGGCGUGGAGCAAGGAUUGAGCAGUAGUCUCUUUACUAAAAGUAUCGGAAAUGUAUUUCAGUGGAUCGGCCCUCAUGGAUCGGACUGCGGAAUAGUCAACGUUAACAUCGGCACUAGCGGCGCCGAGAUAGGUGGUGCAUUUGGCGGUGAGAAAGCCACGGGCGGUGGUCGGGAGAGCGGAAGCGACGCAUGGAAGCAUUACAUGCGACGCGCGACGAUCACAAUUAAUCACGGAAAUGAACUACCUUUAGCCCAGGGCAUUAAAUUCGAGUAGAUCAAGCUGGCGUUCGACUUGUUUGCUCGGAUUAAUGAUUUAA